ACCAUUCCGUAGUGGUGUUCGUGCGGAGUUACUCUGUUAGCUCAGGGCAAUGGCGCGUACGAAGCAGACGGCGCGUAAGUCGACGGGCGGGAAGGCGCCCCGCAAGCAGCUGGCCACCAAGGCGGCCCGCAAGAGCGCGCCGGCCACGGGCGGCGUGAAGAAGCCGCACCGCUACCGGCCCGGCACGGUGGCGCUGCGCGAGAUCCGGCGCUACCAGAAGUCCACGGAGCUGCUGAUCCGCAAGCUGCCCUUCCAGCGCCUGGUGCGCGAGAUCGCGCAGGACUUCAAGACCGACCUGCGCUUCCAGAGCUCGGCCGUCAUGGCGCUGCAGGAGGCGAGCGAGGCCUACCUGGUGGGGCUCUUCGAGGACACCAACCUGUGCGCCAUCCACGCCAAGCGCGUCACCAUCAUGCCCAAGGACAUCCAGCUCGCCCGCCGCAUCCGCGGGGAGCGCGCCUGAGGCUGCUGUCCUUCCAUCUCCUUCAUCCCCGUGCCCUAAAGGCUCUUUUAAGAGCCACCACAUUGCCACUCAAGGGAGCUGUAACACUAUCUUUACAGAUAGUUGCAUACUUGGGUUACUGUCAUCUUGAACUUCGUUUAAGGUAUUGUAAAACUUUGGGACUGCGUUGUAAGUACUAGUAGUCAUUUUGUGCUCCUUAGCAUCUUCCUUACCGGUGGCUGCUGAAAAUUAUGUGGAAAAAAUGUUUAUAGACGCAUCUAAGGAGUAUGCUGCUUUCUCUGUAAGCAUUACUUACUCAACAGGGAUCUGUGGGGGGAGAGGUAUGUUUUUUCUAUGUAUGCAUGUGAACAGUAUUAAGUGCUGCUUUAUUUCGGGCUUGGAAACUGUUGCAAAAUAUCGGUGUGAGAGCUACAUUGUAUGGUAGGUUAAAGGAACUUUCCGUAGUUCUUCUAUUUCACCACGAAUCGGCCCUUUGUGUAGCUUUAAUGCCCACUGCAGGAGUUUGUACUUCUAAGGAACAUUGGAGGUAUUAUUUGAGUUCGUGUGUAAAAUAACAAAUUUACAGUAAUUUGUUUCAGCGUUUUCCUUAUAAAUGUGCUCAGUCAUUGCUUAUGCUGGGAGAUAGUCUAAGACUUCUAAUGCUUCAAUAGAUUUCUAAGUGUUCUAGUGAAUAAAGCAAAAUCAACAAUAAAGUUAGGCUGGUCUUAGGUAGGAUAUUCAAGUAAUUUAAAUUGCUAUUUAUUUUUGUUCUUUGCCUGAUUUAUUACUUGGAGACCUGAAUAACACCCCUUCCCCCCCCCCUGCAAACGGGUAAGGCUGGCGCCGGGCUCUGGGCUCUGUAGCUUUUGUUCAUGACCGAAGUGGGGAGAAGGGGAGGGGGAAGCGACUGCGGGGCUGCGGUGGAUUCGUAAGGGAGGGGAGGUCUGUAGGGAAUAUGGCAUUGAGAAUUCAGGGUGGGUUCUGCAUUUGAUGCUGAAAAGAAGAUUGAGACAGAAGAGGGAUACAAGUAGGAAGACAGGAUCAACAUUUACUGGAUUUUAGUUUAUUCGUAGACUUUUGUAGGCAGAAAAUUGCAGUUGGCAUUUGACUGUCUUUAGUUUCCCAUUGUAUUGUGCUGAGUUUUGCAGACUCAGCCAUUCAGUAUCUCGGUGAACUCGUCUUUUCUGUCCGUUCACAAAUAAAACACUUGAAUUCCCAUGGCUUUAGUUCUCAGGGCAUCUUUUCCUCUGCCUUUGAUAACAGUGUGGCCUAUCCUACAUGCUGCUCUAAUGUUAUCAUCCAUGUUGGUCUCCAGUGAGAAUUUAGUUAUGUGAGGAUGGCAUCCAGGGAACCCCACAGUAAGAUUCAUGGGGUGUGUUGUUUCAGAAAUAACACAUGGCAUAUAAAAGAGACCAGGGACAGGACAUAGAGCAUAAUCGUAGGUACAAGAGGGAAGGAAACUG